AUGUCGGUCCGAGUGAGCCGAGCUCGGUUUAAUUUCGCGACUCAAUGCGAGACUCGGGAGACUCCUGCGGAGCGAGCUAAAGAAGUGGCUUCGUCUAGCCAUCCUCCACGGCCUACAGAGCCUCAAGCGGGAGAGCCUGCGACAAAAGUCAGGAAGCUGGCGGAGGUUGUGAAACCCGUGUCUAUAGCAACGCCACUCCGAAACACGAUUCUGCCAGAUGGUGCCGACUGGAGCGGGGUCACGGUCGUGUUUGCAAGUGACACGAGCAGUGUGGCUCAAGCAGCUGUGGAGAAGCAAAUCUUGGAAGCUGGUGGCAAAGUUGGUGCUGCAAUCUCGCAGCGAACAUCCUUGGUCGUUCUGGGAGGCAACCUGCCAGAUGGAAGGCCUCCGAUGGAGUCCGCCAAGUACCAGCGCUUUCUAGAUUUGCAGUCCAAGGGAAAGGUACAGGCCAAGGUGCUGUCCGAGGCGGCCUUUCUGAGCCUACUGCCCACUCAGCCUCCGCCUGCUCCCGCCACCACCCCGGCCAUUCCACAGAGUUCCAUGCCAGCACAGAAGCCGAAGCUUCCUCAGAGCACUAAAAAGCUCGAGACGUCCAAGAGUUCUCCUCUGCGGAACUGGGUCGAUAUUUUCUCUCCGAAGCAGCUGGAAGAUCUCCUUGGGAACCAGGCUCCCAUUCGGAAGCUGGCAGAUUGGCUGCAAGACUGGGAGGAUGUAGUGCUGCGUGGGAAGAGCAAGAAGCCUGCCUUUCGACACGGGAGCGUGCCUGACAACUUGAACGUCCUGGUGAGCGGGCCACCAGGGAUCGGGAAGACAACAACCUGCCGACUUGUAGCCCAGCUACAAGGGCGAUAUGUCUUGGAGUUCAACGCUUCGGACUCGAGAGGUCAAAAGGUGAUCCAGGAAAUGGCAGCAGGCAUAGCCGAGAACACCACCAUUUCUUUCGCAGGUGGUCGGCAAGGGCAAAGGAAAGUUGUCAUCAUCAUGGACGAGGUUGAUGGAAUGGGUGGUGGGGACAAGGGUGGCAUCGCUGCCCUCAUCAAAAUGAUCAAGAGGACCCGCAAUCCCAUCAUCUGCAUUUGCAAUGACCAGCAUACCCAGCAGGUGAGAUCUUUGGCGUCCAGCUGCUACGACCUAAAGUUCACCAGGCCUCCGAAGAAUGCGAUAGCGCAACGGUGUGCCCAGAUCGCGAGGCAGCAGGGCCUUCAGGUCGAUGUGGCUGCGGUGGAGGCCAUAGUGGAAUCCUCCGGCAACGAUGUGCGGGUGGUCCUAAACCAUUUGCAGAUGAUGAAAGCCGCACGCGCCGCUGCUCCGAGUUGCUCCAUCUUGACGGAGAGCCCGGGUCGACUUGGCAAGGAUCAGGAGGUGAUGCUCAGCCCGUUCGACGUGUGUCGGAAGCUGCUGACGUCGUCGGAGGCAAAUUCACUCGCCUUUCAAGCCCGCUUCGAGAUGUUCUUCGUGGACCACUCGCUCGUUAGCAUGCUCGUGCACGAGAACUACUUGCGGUCGAUUGAGAGACAGCCGGUCAGCUCCGAAGUGCUGAAUCGAUGUGCAUACUCUGCAGAUCUCAUGACCAUCGGUGAUGUGAUGAGUCAACGGAUGGUGGUUGAGCAGGAAUGGAGUUUCCUACCGCACUGUGCGGCCGUGGGCUGUGCCUACCCGACCUUUGUCACCAGAGGUCUAUCCCAGCUUCCCUUCCAUCAUGGGCAAGAUGUCUUCACAAUCCAAGUCCAGGCGUUUGCCCCGGACGACUUGUACUUGGCUGCCUGUGGGAAUGGUUUUAUCCACGUCUACAACACCAGCACCUCCCAAUUGGCUUUCAAGCUCCUGGGAGGCAGGUCAGAGGAUGCUGGAUUGCCGGUAACGCAAGUGAGGUGGCGGCCGGAAUGCUUUGGUAGCACGAAGUCCAUCCUCGUAUCAGUGGGAGCGGAUGGGAAGAUUACACACUGGCACGCGUUCUCGGGCAGGCAGAUGCACGAGAUCGUCGAGCCAGAGAAUCAGCUCUUCUGCCUCGACUUUCUGUAUGAUGGCACCCAGUUUGCCACUGCGGGUAAACAGCGCCACAUUCGAAUUUACGAUGAGUCCACGAAGAAGCUUGUGCAGCUCAUGCGAGGUGGAAACGAUUCAGAGACUGCCGGCCCGUCAAACCGCGUCUUCUCCCUGAAGUAUCAUCCUCUUACGCGCCAUGAGAUUGUAAGUGGAGGUUGGGACAGCUCCGUGCAGAUCUGGGAUGUGCGCCAAGGACGUGCUGUGCGCGUCAUCGCUGGGCCACACAUCUGCGGUGAAGCACUGGAUAUCUCUCAGGAUGGAAGAACCAUGCUCACUGGAUCCUGGCGCAUUCACGACCAGCUGCAGCUGUGGGAUCUCAGGAUGGAGCGGCUCUUGGCCACCUGGCCACCCUCCAAGAGCACGCCUUGCAUGAUCUAUGCCGCACAAUUCAGCAAGGACGAAUCUUCUAGCAUGGUCGCAGCUGGUGGCAGUGGCGAUCACGAGGUCAAGGUGUUUCAGCGCAUGGGAAGUGAAGCGGCAUCAGCGGAGGCAGAACCUUUCGGCAAGAUUUCCAGCUUCACACAGGCGUGCUACUCCGUCGACUUCGCGAACGCCGGAGACAUGCUGGCCGCCGCAGGAGGUGAUGGAGUCAUUCAAGUCAUCAACAUCCACACUCAGAGCUCGCACGCGUUACCAUAG